GUUAACUGCGUAGAGACAUAGUGCUUUCCGGGAUUUAGGCGGUCGGCUUAAGCCGCAGCCCUACGACUACCGCAAGCAUGCAAGCGCCGCGACUUCCCUACGGCACUUCUUACCAUAAAAGCAGUACCCUGCGGGCUUACACACAUCAUAAUGCUAUUAGAACCCACGGUUCAAUUACGCACUUGUUGCCUCCAGCUCCCGGACGCACCAGGUCCAACCGAUCCCGAACCGCAGCCUCCGAAACCCCCUCCGCAAUCACAUCCACCUCCACAACUCCAGCUUCCCAACUCCACGCCUUCUCCUCCUCCCCUCUCCGCAGCCCUUUCACCUCUCAACCUCCUCCUCCUUCUCCUCCUCUUCCUCCUUCACCCACCUCCUCGCCUUCGCCUGCACCCGGCCUGUGCGGUCUCCCAGGCGUUACCUCGCCCGCUCACCUGCACGCCUAUUGGCGGGAUGUCGUACGACCUCGCCUUGACGCCCUGCUCCGAGCUGCCUCCCUGGAGCCCCCCGGGCCCGCCCUCCUGGGCCUUAUCGACCGCUUGCUUGCGGAGCUCCGAAACACAGCGGUGCCGGCACGCCAUGCGGCGAGCUGCCAUGUGACGGCUGAGUGGCGGGAGGCGGCGGAGGAGGUUGCGGCGGCGUGCAGCAAGUACGAGACAUACAUUUUCCAGGCUGCGGAUGCGCAGCUGCUGUCCGCGCUGCAAGCCACCUCGCAGCGCCUGACUACACGGCUGCGUAAGCUCCAGGGGGGGCCUAGCGUGCACGGGUCCCCCAUGCCGAGCCCGGGGGAGGCACGCCUCGCGCAGGCGCAGCAUGCGGGGACUCCAGGAGGUGCCGUGAGGCAGGCGGAAGGUGAGGGAGAGCAGCAGCAGGAGCAGCAGCAGGAGCAGCAGCAGCGGGAGGAGGAGGAGGGGCGGCGGCAGGUGGCGGCUGCGGAGUUGGCUGCGGU